AUGCCCGGUGUCUUCUCCAUCGCAAAGAUAGCUCUGCCCUCAGAUAACAGUCCCUCCACAGACAACCACACCUCACACACCACACACCACAACAGCAGUGUACGGGAUACGCCUGACUGUGUUGUGGGCGUAGCCAUUGACGGCACCACAUACAUCGCCAACGCAUACCACACAGCCGUCUUUGACUAUCAACAGACCGUCGCUGCCUUCGCUGCGG